CCUCCAUGGCAUCUCUUCCUCACCACCGCAUCUCAUCCUCCAAGCACAGUCGUCUUCUUCUGUGGUUAGAGAGUGAGAGAGCUAGAGGGCAGUGAAAAUGCCGAUCAACAGGAUCGCCGUCGGGAGCCAUGAGGAGGUGUACCACCCGGGUGCCCUCAAGGCGGCGUUCGCUGAGUUCAUCUCCACCCUCAUCUUCGUCUUCGCCGGCCAGGGCUCCGGCAUGGCCUUCAGCAAGCUGUCCCCAGGCGGCUCGACCCCCACGGGCCUGAUCGCCGCGGCUAUUGCCCACGCCUUCGCCCUGUUCGUUGCCGUGUCCGUCGGCGCCAACAUCUCCGGCGGCCACGUGAACCCCGCCGUGACCUUCGGCGCCUUCGUCGGCGGCAACAUCACCCUCUUCCGCGGCAUCCUGUACUGGAUCGCCCAGCUGCUGGGCUCCACCGUGGCGUGCUUCCUCCUCCGCUUCUCCACCGGCGGACUCCCCACCGGCACCUUCGGCCUGACCGGCAUCUCCGUGUGGGAGGCCCUGGUCCUCGAGAUCGUGAUGACCUUCGGCCUCGUGUACACCGUGUACGCGACCGCCGUGGACCCGAAGAAGGGCAGCCUGGGCACCAUCGCCCCCAUCGCCAUCGGCUUCAUCGUGGGCGCCAACAUCCUGGUCGGCGGCGCCUUCGACGGCGCGUCCAUGAACCCCGCCGUGUCCUUCGGCCCCGCCCUCGUCAGCUGGUCCUGGGGAUACCAGUGGGUGUACUGGGUCGGCCCUCUCAUCGGCGGCGGCCUCGCCGGCGUCAUCUACGAGGUGCUCUUCAUCUCCCACACCCACGAGCAGCUACCCACCACCGACUACUAAGCUGAGGCUUCGGUAGCCGCCGUCGACGACGUCGCGCGCAGCGGCCGGUUCCGUCCGUUUGAUCAGUGCUCGCCGCCGUUUGAUUAGUUUUCUCGCAUCGCGUGCUUUGCAUCGCCGCCCAUCAUCAUCACCGUGUAGUCAUGAACCGAACUCCGCCGCUGCGCCCGCUCGCAUGGUUUGCUUCGAUCAGUCGCAUCAAGUUGGAACUGUAAUCACCGCCGUGAAUUCCGGACCCAGUUUGCUUCUCUAAAAUUUGUGCAUUUGGCCGCGAGUAUUUAUCAUCCAAGUACCCACGUAGUAGCUA